CAGAACAAGCCCUGACUCUGCCCUAAGAUCUGCUUCCUUCCAGCUGUGUCCCAACUCCAAAUAAGUGAGGAGUCUGGAGUCUGAUUGAGAGGAAACCAGAGAGGAGAGAUCUGAUCUCAGAGUCUAAAAAUACCCCCUCCUGAGCUUGCUGCCUGCCUGCCUCUAACUGCCCCAGGGUAAGAAAGACUCCUGUAACUGCUCCAGGCCCAGCUCUCUCGAAGCAAUGAACCUCUCAUUCUGUGGAAGUGAUUUAAACUCCUCGUACAAUGUGAACAGUGGGGUGUUAAACAAUAUCUGUUUCCUGGAUGCCUUAAAUUUGGUCCCGCAUGUUCUUCUUUUAUUUAUAACAUUUCCAAUACUAUUUAUAGGCUGGGGAAGCCAAAGCUCCAAGGUCCAAAUUCACCACAACACGUGGCUGCACUUCCCGGGCCAUAACCCACGAUGGGUGCUAACCUUCAUCCUAUUGUUUGUCCAUGUCUGCGAGAUUGCCGAGGGCAUCGUGUCGGAGGCAAACAUGAACACCGAUUAUUCCCAUCUCCACCUCCACCUGCACCUCUAUAUGUCAGCCAUGGUGGGCUUCAUUGCAGCCACCACUUCGAUAAUUUACUACCAUAACAUCGAGACCUCCAACUUUCCCAAACUACUCCUAGCUCUUUUUCUUUAUUGGGUGUUAGCGUUUACCUGCAAAACCAUCAAAUUUUGGAAAUAUUUGGAGAAUGGCAUAACGCAUAAACAGUUACGUUUAUGUAUCACCGGAGUAAUGGUAAUAUUGUACGGACUACUGAUGGCGGUGGAAAUGAAUGUUAUUCUAGUCAGGAAAUAUGUGUUUUUCAUGAACCCUCAGAAAGUUAAACCUGCCGAGGAUCUCCAGGAUUUGGGUGUAAGGUUUCUGCAGCCAUUUGUAAAUUUGCUUUCUAAAGCAACGUAUUGGUGGAUGAAUCCUCUGAUUAUCUCAGCACACAGACGGCCCAUCGAUCUGAAAAUCAUAGGCAAGUUGCCAAUAGCGAUGAGAGCCCUUACAAACUACUUCAACCUGAAGAACGCCUACGAGGAGCAAAGGAAAAAGGCGGCUGACCAACCCCACAAGGACCCCUCUAUUUGGCGGGCAAUAUAUAAAGCAUUUGGAAGACCCAUUUUACUGAGCAGCACUUUCCGGUACAUGGCCGAUUUAUUGGGAUUUGCUGGACCUCUUUGUAUUUCAGGAAUCGUUCAACGAAUCGGGAGGAAUGAAACCACUAUAGAGGAGGUGCAGGAUUUACCAAAGACAUCCUUUAUCACAGUCUAUUUCCUUCCUUCCACGGGAUUUCUAGAAAACUAUUAUGUCCUCUCUGUUCUCCUGUUUUUGGCACUUAUUCUUCAAAGAACGUUCCUGCAAGCUUCUUACUAUGUCGCCAUAGAAACCGGCAUUAACCUGCGUGGGGCGUUAAUGGCCAUGAUCUAUAACAAGAUUCUGCGACUCUCCACGUCCAACAUGUCCAUGGGGGAGAUGACUUUGGGACAGAUAAAUAACUUGGUUGCAAUUGAGACCAAUCAGCUGAUGUGGUUCCUGUUUUUGUGCCCCAAUCUGUGGGCGAUGCCAGUGCAGAUCAUUAUGGGGGUAAUCCUUCUAUACAAACUGCUGGAUGUCAGUGCGUUGGUGGGAGCUGCGGUCAUUGUCCUUCUCGCUCCGGUACAAUACUUCAUUGCCACAAAGCUGGCCGACGUGCAGAAAAGCACGCUGGAUUAUUCGACCGAACGUUUAAAGAAAACAAAUGAAAUACUGAAAGGGAUAAAGUUAUUGAAGCUGUACGCUUGGGAGAAUAUUUUUUGUGCGAGCGUUGAAGAAACCAGGAUGAAAGAGCUACGGAGUUUGAAAGCGUUUGCAAUUCAUACGUCCCUGUCCAUAUUUAUGAAUGCGGCAGUUCCGAUAGCAGCAGUACUAGCAACAUUUGUGACGCACGCGUAUGUGAGCAACAAUGAGCUGACGCCUGCUACCGCCUUCGCAUCUCUGUCGCUAUUCCAUAUCCUGGUCACCCCUCUCUUCCUGCUCUCCACCGUGGUCCGAUUCGCAGUCAAAGCCCUGGUGAGUGUCCAAAAACUAAACGAAUUCUUUAUAAGUGAUGAGAUCCGAGAUGACGGCUUUAAAAACGGAGACUCCUGUAUUCCCUUCGAUGCUUGCCGGAAGCACCCCGGUAUAAAUUCACGGGCUUUUAACAGGAAGCAGCCAUUGCGACACCAGAUGGAUCGAUAUGAAAAGUCAUCCUACAGAUCGACGCGUCCAUCCGAUCUCGAUGAAGCAGCAAUCAAGGUGUACGGUGGUUAUUUCUCCUGGGGAAGCGGCCUGGCCACACUGUCCAACAUCGAUAUCCAGAUACCCACAGGACAUCUCACAAUGGUUGUGGGCCAAGUGGGCUGUGGCAAAUCUUCCCUCCUUUUGGCGAUCCUGGGUGAGAUGCAAAGCUUGGAAGGGAGAGUCUGUUGGAACAAGCUUCCUGAAGGGGAAAUGACUUUGGAUGGACAUUCCAGUGAAUAUGACAGCGACCUGUCUUGUGACGUGGACAGAAGUUCCUUCCAUCAUUUAAAGGAUUUUCGAAUUUCAGUCUCCAGCAAGAACAGACAUGCCGUGGCUUAUGCUGGACAGAAAUCCUGGCUACUUAAUGCCACGGUGGAGGAGAACAUAACGUUUGGCAGUACAUUCAACAAACUGAGAUACAAGGCUGUCAUCGAUGCCUGCUCACUCCAGCCAGAUAUUGACUUAUUACCUUUUGGAGACCAAACAGAAAUUGGAGAAAGGGGAAUUAAUUUAAGUGGAGGCCAACGUCAGAGGAUAUGUGUGGCGCGCGCUCUCUAUCAGAACACCAAUAUUGUAUUCCUGGAUGACCCUUUCUCCGCUCUCGAUAUACAUCUAAGCGAUCAUCUAAUGCAAGAAGGGAUUUUAAAGUUUCUUCGAGAUGAUAAGCGGACAGUGAUUCUAGUGACACAUAAAUUGCAAUACCUUCCUCACGCGGACUGGAUCAUUGCUAUGAAAGAUGGGACUGUGCUGAGAGAGGGGACAUUAAAGGACAUUCAGAACAAUGAUAAUGAACUGUACGAGCACUGGAAAACGUUAAUGAAUCGCCAGGAUCAGGAGCUGGAGAAGGAUACGGAUGCUGAUCAGGCUACGAUGGAGAGGCAAACCCUGCGCAGAGCGAUGUACUCCCGAGAAGCUAAAGCACAAAUUGAGGAUGAAGAAGAAGAGGAGGAAGAGGAGGAAGAUGAAGAGGACAAUAUGUCCGUAGCAAUGAGGCAGAGGACAAACAUGCCGUGGCGGACGUGCUGGAAAUAUCUGACAUCUGGAGGGUAUCUUCUGCUCUUUCUGAUGAUCAUCUCGAAGCUUUUGAAACACUCGGUUAUUGUGGGGAUCGAUUACUGGUUGGUUCUGUGGACAUCAACGAAUGUCACCAGUGGGACACAGCGCGCAUACAAUGUGGCCGGUUUCAGCAUACUCAGCGCCUUGGGGAUCAUUUUGUGUCUCAUAACCUCCUUAACGGUAGAGUGGAUGGGCGUCACGGCUGCCACCAACCUGCACGAUAACCUCCUGAAGAAGAUAAUUCUGGCACCAAUUCGAUUUUUUGAUACGACUCCCCUUGGUCUGAUUUUAAAUCGAUUUUCUGCUGACACUAAUAUUAUAGACCAGCACAUUCCACCCACCGUGGAGUCUCUCACCAGGUCCACGUUACUGUGCCUCUCAGCUAUUGGCGUGAUCUCCGUGGCUGCACCUCCGUUCCUGGCCGCACUGCUUCCUCUGGGUAUAGCGUUUCACUUUAUCCAGAAAUAUUUUAGAGUUGCCUCCAAAGACCUCCAGGAAAUGGAUGACAACACGCAGCUUCCGUUAUUAUGUCACUUCUCUGAGACCGCGGAGGGACUCACAACUAUACGCGCCUUCAAGCACGAAACUCGAUUCAGACAACGCAUGCUGGAGCUGACGGACACCAAUAACCUGGCUUAUUUAUUCCUCUCUGCCGCUAACCGUUGGCUCGAGGUCAGGACGGAUUAUUUAGGUGCUUGUAUUGUGUUCACGGCCGCUGUGAUAUCCAUUAAGUGGGGCCUCAGUGCUGGCGUUGCAGGUCUGGUCCUAACCUAUGCGCUCACGGUAACGAAUUAUUUGAACUGGGUGGUGAGAAGUUUGGCAGAUUUGGAAGUACAGAUUGGCGCAGUAAAGAAAGUCAACAGUUUCCUGAACAUUGAAUCCGAGAACUAUGAGGGCACAUUAGAUACACAGCAGGUUCCGGAGGAUUGGCCCAAAGACGGGGAAAUAAAGAUAAGCGACUUGUGCGUCAGAUACGAGACUAACCUCAAACCAGUCCUGAAACACGUGAAGGCGUAUAUUAAACCUGGACAGAAGGUCGGUAUCUGCGGACGGACCGGGAGUGGUAAAUCCUCACUAUCUCUGGCGUUUUUCAAAAUGGUGGAUAUAUUCGACGGGAAAAUAGUCAUUGAUGGGAUUGACAUCUCCAAACUUCCUUUGCAUACGCUACGUUCCAGACUGUCAAUCAUUCUCCAAGAUCCUGUGCUGUUCAGCGGCUCCAUCAGAUUCAACUUGGAUCCCGAAUGCAAAUGCUCAGAUGACAGGCUAUGGGAAGCCCUUGAAAUCGCACAGCUGAAGAAUUUAGUCAAAGCUUUGCCUGGAGGUUUGGAUGCAAUAGUCACAGAAGGCGGAGAGAAUUUCAGUGUUGGACAGAGACAACUAUUCUGUUUGGCUCGAGCCUUCGUUCGAAAGAGCAGCAUUCUAAUAAUGGAUGAGGCUACCGCAUCCAUAGACAUGGCGACUGAAAACAUUUUGCAGAAAGUUGUGAUGACGGCGUUUGCAGAUCGCACCGUAGUGACAAUUGCUCAUCGAGUUCACACCAUUCUCACCGCAGACCUGGUGAUCGUCAUGAGACGGGGAAAUAUUCUAGAAUACGACACACCAGAAAAUCUCCUGAUGCAGGAAGAUGGCAUUUUUGCUUCGUUUGUUCGAGCCGACAUGUGAAUGGGUUUUUGAGCCGCAUGCAGCAUUUUUAUAGCUUUUUGUAAUAAAUUAAGGGUUUAUAUUUUCUAUUUAAAAGGAGCAUGGUCUUGUAAAAUGUCAAGGUUUUACAAUAUUUGUACAUCACUUAGAAAUAAAGUUUUCUUCACUGAUAU